UAGGCGGCGGCCCGGAGGCCAGUAGGCUGGGAUAGUAAGCCAGAUGAUAGCUGGUUUAAAUACUAUCUAGGCCGCUGUCUAACCCAAUGCACUCAGGGGCCUUGAUAAUGUCAUCUCAUUCUCAUCCCCCCCCGUCCACCGCCUAGUCCCUCGGAACGUUCCAUCUUUACUCUUCGACUUCAUAAAAGCCUUCACCUCCUCCGAGGUCCGUCUCCAACGACAACCUUGCAAUCGCCUGCUGCCCAAGCUGCGCAGCGACAUGAAGCGGCCUCCGCCCAUCGUCCACCGAAGCGCAUCGAUAUCGACCACCCCGGGAGGACAGCGCCAACAGCUGCUGAACAAUGUCUUCGUACCCCUGUUCGCACACAGUGAACCGAGGCGUCUAUCCGAGGGAGUCCCUGGGAUCGUGGUUCAUUCACCCAUUGAGAGCAACAGGCUUGCAGUCUCAGAAUGGGUGGCCAUGCCCGACUGGGCCAAUCACGCCCAUUGGAUUAUACGAUCUGAUUAUAGGGUUUGUCGUCUCAACUUGCCGGCUCAGCUGAGGCACCUGCCCGAUUCUCGCCGGCCCAUGGAGUCGGCGUGCACCAAAAGGUUGGUUGCUCCCUCCUGCAAUCGCUCGCCGGUCAACGAGAAUCCAUCGCACUUGGAAGCUCAUAUCUCGCAACUUGUUGGUAAGGGUAAGCCGGAACCUCGCUCGGGGCAAGAUAUGCUGGCGGGUUGGAUUUGUAAGGCUCAUGGAUGGCCGAGAAAUCGUGACAUGGGUCUUGAUGAACUGUGGUGGUGUCGCUAGGGACUUGAUCAGAGCGUCGCCUUUUUCGGAUCAACAGCCAGGUUGCUACCGCCCUGACUGUCAACCCAAGCCCACCCA